AUGAGGAGCGCGGCGAAGGGGGCCGGACGGACAGGCCAUGCUGCCCCCUCCCCCGACCCCGCUCGGGCGGGCGGGCGGGGACGGCCGAGGGGAGGGCCCGCCGGGGGCCGACCUGCCGGCUCCUCCCCCCGCCGCCCUGCGCGCAUAAAGCCCCGCGCUCGCCCGCGCGCCCGGGCGCCCGCGGAGGCGGCGGCGCCGGGACCCCCUUUCCGCCGGGCUCCCGGGUCCCCCGGGAUGAGAGAGACCCCGAAUCCUGGUGCGGGCCGGGACCAGGGCGCGGCCGCACCCCCCACCCACACCAGCGCGGGGGCCGGGCCGCGGGAACGCCCUCCCGGAAUGAAGCGCUUCCCGGUGCCUUCAAGAUGAAGAAAGAGACUGAGACAACUGAAGUGACACGCCCAAGGUCGUUGCGCUAACUACUCCCAGAGCCCGGGCUCUACCUGACUCCAACAUCAUGCUACCCUCUGUCUCCACUUUCCCCCCUGGCCUGGCGGGGAGGGAAUUAAAUAAACGAUUCGAUUCUGCU